GUGAAGUUGUUGUAGUUUAUGUGUGUAAAUUAUAUGCAGGAACCACCAAAAGGAGAGAGAGGACAGAUUGUAGCAAACGCAACCGAAACAUUUAAUAUCAUGGGAGGCCAAACUAAGAAGUGAAUACCAUCAAAAUCAUAACCAUCAAUUGAUAUUAUAAUAAUUGCAAGACAUGUUUAGAGAUCGGACGAAUUUAUUUCUUUCAUAUCGUCGAACUAUUCCACGAUCUAAUCCGAUUGGGAAUUUGCGGGGAGAUAAUUCUGGUCAAACUCGAUUCGAUAAUUUAGAUGAAGAAGAAGAAGGAUUAAUAGGGAAUAACCAUAAUAGCCAACGAAGGAGAGGACAGACCGAGGGGGGUCGAACGAAUGAUAUCGAGAUGAAACCUAUUAUCCCCACCAUCUAUGAUAUAGCGGGGGAUUUGGAUGAUAAAUUGAAAUUAAUCAAGAAUCAAGUGAAUGAUUUGAAUAGUAAUUAUAAACGAUUGAUUAUUAUUAAUAAGAGUGAAAAGAAUAGGAUUGAGAAGAGGAUUGAUGAUUUGAAUUAUGAGAUUUUGAAGAAUUUCGAGAGUUGUUAUAUCAUGAUUAAGAAAUUUGAAUAUUUGAAUUUAAAUUAUAAAAAAUUAGGGUUAAAUUUUAAUGAACUGGAUUUAGAAAUUUUAAAUAAUUUUAAAAAGAAUUAUGCUAUAAAGAUUCAAGAAAGUUCGAUUAUAUUCCGGAAUUUGCAAAAUAAUUAUAUCAAAUUUCUUCGUGAUGAUGAUGAUGAAGAUGAAUUUGAUCAAUUAUUAAAGAAAGAUCAAAAUGAUUCCACCUCCUCGCAUAUCAUUUCCACCAAUACCACCAUCCUUCAAGAAGAACAAGAUCAAGAAAUAGAGAAUUACUCCCGACAAGUCCUUCAACAACAACAACAACAUGCUCCUAAUGCCAAUUCGGCAUUCUUACAACAGCGAGAGAGAGAAAUAUCAAAAUUAGCCAUGGGGAUCAUUGAAAUAUCGACAAUUUUUAAAGAAAUGGAAUCAAUGAUAGUUGAACAAGGAACGAUUUUAGAUCGGAUUGAUUAUAAUUUACAAAAUGCCGCCGUUGACUUAAAAGAUAGUGAUCGAGAAUUAAUCAAGGCUAAACAUUAUCAAAAGAGGACUACCAAAUGUAAGAUUAUUUUCUUAAUGUGUUUGAUUGUGUUUGUAUUGGUGAUUGUGGUAUUGGUUAAACCGCAUGGGACCACCACUGUGAUUGAGAAGCCCGUUAGUUCUCCUCCUCCUCCUAAGACUCCUGAUGUUCCCGCUGAUGAUAGACCAGCAGUGAAUCCACCUGAGGAUGAUUUCGUUGAUGAUGGGGAUGUAAAUAAUGAAUUUCAGAAGAUGGGAUUAAUAUAAUUUUAUAGAAGUAGCUAGCUACCUAAUUAAAUGAAUGAAUAAAUAUAAUUGUAUAUCAAA